CCAUAGAACUAACUUCACUCUAGCAUAUUUCUCAAGCAGAAACAAUGGCUUCAACUCUACAAAAUAUGAGUUUCUAUGCCCCCACUUCACCUAGCAGAAUGAACAAGUUUUCCAAUGUCAAAAUGCUGCCAUUGUCAAGAACAAGGAAUAUAACUUUCUGCAACAAUGUAAAGGCUAUGUCAGCAGGUGAAGCAAACUUGCAGAGGACAAAGCAGCAGCAAGUGCAGCCAAAGAUGAAGGUGCCACAACCUUCACCUAAAGAGCUGUUGAAUCAGUUUCCAGUAGCAAGGACUAUGCGACAAAUGCUGGAUACAAUGGAGAGGAUUGUGGAGGAUCCUUUGGUUAACAGUAGAAUUUCACCUUGGCUAGUUGCUGGAGAUGAUGAAUACAGCAAGGGAAAGAUUCCAUGGGCAAUAAAGGAAGGAGAGAAAGAUUACAAAAUGAGAUUCAAUAUGCCGGGUAUGAACAAGAAUGAUGUCAAGGUAUGGAUUGAAGAGAACAUGCUGGUAGUGAAGGCAGAGAAGACACUUAGAGAGCAUCAUCAAGGUCAAGCAAAUGGAAAUGAAGAAUUAAGUUCAGAACUUGAAGAUUGGCCUGCCAAUAGCUAUGGUAGAUACAAAUACAGGAUAGCCCUCCCAGAAAAUAUUGAGUUUGAAAAAAUUAAGGCACAGGUCCAAGAUGGUGUUCUUUACAUGACAAUUCCCAAAACCAACACCUAUGCGAAAAUAAUUGACAUAGAUGUACAAUAAUCAUAAGCUCAUAAUAAAGUUAAAGCUAGUUUACAGCUAUAUUCAGUUUUGUUUA